CUGCGCCACCAACGCCCGGCUGACUUUUAUCUGGUGUCUGGCUGUAGCUGCCUACGCCAUUUGCUGCAAAUCCAGCACAGAUGGAGUCACGUUUCUUCCUGGGACGCUCAGCGUGUCCUGCUCGGAAGGAAGGAAGUGCUUUCCUCUGGUUCACGCUCAGCUCCCGAGCCCUGGGGCUCCUACAGACUUCACAUGGUGGCGAAGAGAAGGGCGGGUCUCCAUCUCAGUUCUUGAUGCUUCCCUUGUCGCUGCUCAAGACGGCGCAGAAUCACCCCAUGCUGGUGGAGCUGAAGAAUGGGGAGACAUACAAUGGGCACCUGGUGAGCUGUGACAACUGGAUGAACAUCAACCUUCGAGAGGUGAUCUGUACAUCGAGGGACGGUGACAAGUUCUGGCGAAUGCCUGAGUGCUAUAUCCGUGGCAGCACCAUCAAGUACCUGCGCAUCCCUGAUGAGAUCAUUGACAUGGUGCGGGAGGAGGCCGCCAAGGGCCGAGGGCGAGGGGGACCACAGCAGCAGAAGCAGCAGAAAGGCCGAGGCAUGGGCGGCGCUGGCCGAGGUGUGUUUGGUGGCCGGGGCCGGGGUGGCAUCCCAGGUGCGGGCCGAGGUCAAACGGAGAAGAAGCCUGGGCGGCAAGCAGGCAAGCAGUGAGGGGACACAGCCAAAGCAGAGCCCCGAGCGGUGGGCCAGCUGCCAGCGCCUUUGCAUGAAGCCCCCGGCCUUCACUGACUCAGCUUCAUGUUGGAGCCACAGGACCAGCACAUACCAGGCUGGCCUGUCUCUCCCCAGCCGACUCCACACCUCUUCUGCUAUGAAAAUAAAGGAAGCAUCUGAAGGGCCAGCUGUGCCCUCUGUCACAUGCAGCAAUUCCAGGA